AUGCCUCAAGAUGUUUUCUCACCGCUACUGAUCCUACUGCUGUCCUUAACUGUGUUUGGGGCAUCCCACGCCUGCCUGCAGGACCCUGCUUCAGCAUACAGAUUCACCGGAGCUGUUUGUCGCCUCACCUACCCUGCAGCUCUUGUAUUGAAUGAGAAAACCACAAAAGUGAUUGAGGCAGCGUUUCAACAUGCCAGAUACCCCAGUAUGAAGGGAGAGAAAUCCCUGAGAUUUAUAGGCAGAGUCAUGUAUGGCCUGGACAAUUUGGAGAUUCACAACCUGUCGAUUGGUCGGAGCGCAUUUCAACUACGUCCAGGUGAAGGCAUUGCUUUGGAAAUAAGCAAUGUGUCCGCAGUCUUCAGAGGGAACAUCCAGUAUGGAUACGGCAGCUGGCUUGUCAGCGUUGCACAAUCAACUGACUUUGAAAUUGAAUCUCAGAUUGAUCUUGGGAUCAACCCCAGACUUUACUGUGGAGAAGGGAAGGUAGCAGCAGACACAUCAGACUGUUAUCUUAAUUUUCACAAGCUCCGUCUGCAUCUGCAAGGCGACAAAGAACCAAACUGGCUAAAGAAGCUCUUCACUGACUUCAUCACCUUUACUGUCAAGCUGGUCAUAAAGGGACAGAUUUGUAAGGAGAUCAACAAGGUGGCAAAUAUACUGGCUGACUUCAUACAAGACACAGCAGAGCAGUUCCUCAGUGAUGGAGACAUCAGUGUGGACAUUGGUGUAACUGCCGCUCCUGUCAUCACUGCUAACUACAUAGAAUCAUACCACAAGGGGCUGACCAACUACAAUAAUGCUUCCGCUGUCAUCAAUGACUCUGCUUUCCACCCCAGGCAGCUGACGGAAAACAUGAUGCUUUACUUUUGGGUCUCAGACCAGGUCUUCAACCCCAUGCUUACUGCUGCCCACCAAGAUGGCCGUUUCCAACUCUACAUCUCUGGAGCAGAGCUAACUGAACUUUUCAAGACAAAUCUCUCUAGUGCCAUGCCUGAAUUUAUUAGAAAGUGUCUGCUGGAAUCAGGUUCUCCAGAGCUAAGAGUCUGGAGUUCAUCUGUUCCCUUCCUAAACACCUCCACUUUGGGUACGACUGUUUGGGGGAAGGCCUCUGGGCAGCUCCACUGUGGGAGUCAAGGCACACCAACACUCUCCUUUCAAACGGUAAAGGUCAAGGGUGUGGCCAUGGACAUCACAGUUUCCUAUGCUGACAAGAAACUUUUCCUGCAUGGUAACCCGUCAGAGAUCUUUGUAUUGCAAGCUGAGCUGCCCUUCCAACAUCAACCACUGCUAGAUGAGGCUCAACUGGAGUUCAUAAGAGAAGCUGUGGAGAAGAUAGGCAUUCCCAAGGUCCUGUCUGUUCUUGAGAUUGAGCUAACCAGGCUGCUGGACAAACAGGGGACUAACCUAUUUGACAUCAUUAACCCAGAAGUGCUUCCACGGGAUGGCUUUGUGGGGAUUCAGAUGGAUUUUGGUUUCCCUCAUCACCUCCUGGUUGAGUUCCUCAAGAAAACACUACAGUAAAUGAGC